CUCACAGGCACAGUACAGCUGCUUAUCACUGUACUGGAUGUGAACGAUAACGCCCCCACUUUUGAGCGAUCAGAAUACGAAGUGAAGAUACUAGAAAAUGCUGCCAGUGGGACCUUAGUGCUCCAACUGAACGCCUCCGAUGCGGAUGAAGGCAUCAAUAGGGAGAUAGUAUACUCUUUCAAUAGUCUCGCUUCACCUUUGAUUAAUGACAAGUUUCAGAUAAAUCCAGAUACAGGAGAAAUUUCAAUUCAAAGAUAUUUGGACUUCGAAGAUGUAAAUUCAUAUAAAUUUCGAGUUGAAGCAACAGAUAAGGGACAUCCGGCCAUGGUUGGACAUUGUACUAUCAGAGUGGAUGUCGAGGAUACCAAUGAUAAUGCCCCAGAGUUGUCGGUGACAUCACUGUCACUACCUGUCAGAGAGGAUGCUCCUCCAGGCACGGUUAUAGCACUCAUCAGCGUGUCCGACCGUGACUCUAGAGCCAACGGACAGGUGACUUGCUUUCUGGCACCUCCUUCGCCUUUCAGGUUGAUGUCCACUUUCAGGAAUUACUACUCGCUGGUGCUGGAGGGCUCCGUGGACCGCGAAAGCAUAUCAACCUAUGAAUUGGUGGUGACAGCGAGGGAUGGCGGAUCUCCAGCGCUUUGGGCUUCUGCCAGCGUGACUGUGAGUAUUGCCGAUGUUAACGACAACGCGCCAGCCUUUGAGCAGCCUUUGUACACCUUGUUUGUGAAGGAGAACAACCCGCCAGGCAGUCAUAUCUUCACUGUGUCAGCAUCGGAUCCUGACGCUGAGGAGAACGCGCUGGUGUCAUACUCUCUGGUGGAGAGGCGAAUAGGGGAACGUCCGCUGUCGAGUUAUGUGUCAGUGCAUUCCGAGAGCGGGAAAGUGUACGCCCUGCAGCCUCUGGACCACGAGGAGUUGGAGUUACUGCAGUUUCAGGUGAGCGCCAGAGAUUCUGGAGUCCCUCCCCUGAGCAGCAAUGUGAGCUUGCAGGUGUUCGUGCUGGACGAGAACGACAACCCGCCUGUUGUGCUGCCACCUCAUGCUGGAGUUAGCCCAGUGACUGAACUAGUAUCACAAUCUGUGGCUGUCGGUCACGUACUUGCGAAGAUCCGAGCUGUGGAUGCAGAUUCUGGGUAUAAUGCGUGGCUGUCCUAUGAACUGAUGCCAGAAGUUGGCGCUGGGAGUAAACCUUUCCGAGUGGGUCUAUACACUGGCGAGAUUAGUACGACUCGGGCCCUGGAUGAGUCGGAUGGACCACGACAGACACUACUUGUGCUGGUGAAAGAUCACGGAGAGCCCGCAUUGAAGACCACUGCAACAGUGACUGUGUCACUUGCAGAGACUGGGCAGACGUUUAAAGGGUCUUCUGUGGCUUCUAACGACUUUAAAACGAAUGGUGCAGGGCAGAAGAUCCUGGUGGAUGUGAAUGUCUAUCUGAUAAUUGCCAUUUGCUCAGUGUCCAGUCUGUUGGUGUUGAGUCUGCUCCUGUAUGUGACAAUUCGGUGCUCCUCUCCCUCUCAGGGAUUUUAUGCGCCUCAGAAGUCCACUCCGGUAUGUUCAAACACUGUAGGAAGCUGGUCUUAUUCCCAUCAGCAAAGACAGAAGAUUUGCUCAGGGGAGGGCCCUGCCAAGAAUGACCUCAUGGCCUUCAGCCCCAAUCUUCCACCGUGUCCCAGUUCUCAGGUCACAGAACAGGCAGAGUAUAUGCAGAAUGUGGAGAAAGUGAGUAUUAAUUUCUACCUUUGGGGCCAUUUUUUUUAA